AUGUUCUUCUUUCGGUUUUUGACAACAGUCUUGCUGCUAUUUAAUGCCAAAUUGCUUGUAGCACAAUCAUCGAAUACCUCUUCGCCCGUGCAUUGGGAUAAGUAUAGUCUUUCGAUCAACGGCGAGAGGUUGUUUGUCUUUGCCGGGGAAUUCCAUUAUAUACGUCUGCCUGUCCCGGAACUGUGGCUUGAUGUUUUUCAAAAGUUGAAAGCAAAUGGCUUCAAUGCCAUCUCAGUAUACUUCUACUGGAACCACCACAGCGCUUCCGAGGGUGUCUACGACUUUGAGACGGGGGGACACAACGUUCAGCGCCUCUUCGACUACGCCAAACAAGCGGGCGUCUACAUCAUUGCCAGACCCGGACCAUAUGCCAACGGCGAACUUUCAGCAGGCGGAUAUGCUCUUUGGGCUGCUAACGGUCGUCUGGGUGGAGAGCGUACUCGCGACUCGCAAUACUACGAUCUAUGGUCACCAUGGAUGACCAAGAUAGGCAAGAUUAUUGCAGCCAACCAAAUCACCGAGGGCGGGCCUGUAAUUCUUGUUCAGCACGAGAACGAGCUUCAGGAGACAACGCAUAGGGCGAAUAACACUUUGGUGCUGUACAUGGAGCAGAUCACUCAGAUUCUUGAUGCUGCCGGUAUUGUGGUUCCAAGUACCCAUAACGAGAAAGGGAUGCGGUCUAUGAGUUGGUCAAUGGAUUACGAGGAUGUUGGCGGUGCAGUCAAUAUCUACGGUCUCGACAGUUAUCCAGGCGGACUGUCCUGCACAAACCCCAACGCAGGCUUUAAUCUCAUUCGGACGUAUUAUCAAUGGUUCCAGAAUUAUUCAUAUACUCAGCCCGAAUAUCUGGCCGAGUUUCAGGGAGGUUACUUUACGCCUUGGGGAGGCGUGUUCUAUGAUGAUUGCGCUUCAAUGCUUCAACCGGAGUAUGCAGAUGUGUUUUACAAGAAUAACAUUGGAAAUCGCGUCACUUUGCAGAGUCUGUAUAUGGCAUAUGGAGGCACGAAUUGGGGACAUAUUGCUGCACCGGUGGUGUACACGUCGUAUGAUUACAGUGCACCGUUGAGAGAGACUCGUGAAAUUCGCGAUAAAUUGAAGCAGACAAAGCUGCUGGGACUGUUUACACGGGUGUCUCCAGAUCUGCUGCAGACUGAAAUGGAAGGCAAUGGCACUAGUUAUACAACCGGCGCAAAUAUCUUUACCUGGGCGCUGAGGAACCCAGAGACGAAUGCUGGGUUUUAUGUGGUUGCCCAGGAUGAUAGUUCUUCGACAACGGAUGUUGUCUUUGAUCUUGAAGUUGAGACUUCUGCAGGCUCUGUGAACAUUACAAACAUUGGGCUAGAUGGUCGUCAAAGCAAAAUCAUCACCACUGACUACAAAGUCGGAGACACCACGCUGCUCUACUGCUCCGCAGAUAUCCUUACCUAUGCCACCCUAGACGUUGAUGUGCUUGCCCUGUACCUCAACAAAGGCCAAACCGGUACUUUUGUCCUAGCCAACGCAGCUUCUCACUUGAAAUACACUGUCUAUGGAAACUCAACCGUUACCAGCUCCAAUUCAAGCCAGGGAACAAUCUAUACAUACACGCAAGGACAGGGCAUAUCGGCUAUCAAGUUCUCUAAUAGAUUCUUGGUAUAUCUUCUUGACAAGUAUACUGCAUGGGACUUUUUUGCUCCUCCCUUGCAAUUGUCAGAUCCAAAUGUGAAGCCGAAUGAGCACAUAUUUGUGAUUGGGCCAUAUCUCGUGCGAGAAGCUACGAUCAAGGGCCGUACGCUGGAACUCACCGGCGACAAUCAGAAUACUACUUCUAUCGAAAUCUACCACGGCAACCCAUUCAUCACCUCCAUAACCUGGAACGGCAAACACCUCUCCACCAAACGCACAGCCUACGGCAGUCUAACAGCCACCAUCCCCGGCGCUGAAGCCAUUACCAUCACCCUACCAAAGCUCACUUCUUGGAAAUCGCACGACAUGAUCCCCGAAAUCGACCCGGAGUACGACGACUCCAACUGGGUUGUGUGCAACAAGACCACCAGUUUCAACGCCAUCGCGCCUUUGUCGCUUCCAGUCCUGUACUCUGGUGAUUAUGGGUAUCACGCGGGGCCCAAAAUCUAUCGUGGAAGGUUCGGAAGCACAAAUGCAACUGGCGUGACUGUCACGGCACAGAACGGGAACGCAGCUGGAUGGUCCGCAUGGUUGAACGGCAUAUACAUAGGCGGCGUAACAGGUGACCCCAGCAUCGAAGCAACCAGCGCAGUCCUCAAAUUCAAUUCUUCAACCACCCUCAAACAAGAAGGUAGCGAAAACGUGCUUACCGUCCUCGUCGACUAUACAGGCCACGACGAGGAUAACGUCAAACCGGCCAGAGCCCAGAACCCGCGCGGCUUGCUGGGUGUGAUUUUUGAAGGCUCGACGUCCACAAAUUUCACAUCUUGGAAACUCCAGGGAAAUGCCGGCGGAGAAAAAAACAUUGACGCUUUGCGUGGCCCCAUGAAUGAAGGCGGAUUCUACGGCGAGAGGUUAGGCUGGCAUUUACCUGGGUUUGAGCCCUCCACAAAAUCCGGAUGGGAUACAAGGGCCCCUUCUGAUGGUGUCGAUGGCGGUUCGCACAGAUUCUACAUCACCGAAUUCACACUGGACCUCGGCCCAAACAGUCACGCCCUCGACGUCCCCAUCGGCAUCCAUCUAAACGCCUCUUCAACCUCUGGGCCAGCGGUGGCAUACGUCUGGCUGAACGGGUACAAAUUCGCGCAUUACCUACCUCACAUCGGGCCUCAAACCGUGUUUCCGUUCCAGCCUGGUGUACUCAAUAUCCAGGGUAGCGAGGGACACAAGCGGAAGAAUACGCUAGCAGUGAGUCUGUGGGCGCUGACGGAUCAACCCGCGGCACUGGAUGUGGUGGAACUCGUGGCGUAUGGAAAGUACACGUCUUCGUUCGAUUUUGCGAGGGAUUGGAGUUAUUUGCAGCCUCGGUGGGUGGACAGGAGUAAAUAUGCUUGA